AUGAGGUCUAUCACUGUCCAAAAGAUCGUUCUGUUUGGUGAUUCUCAGACUGAGCAAAGUUCCAGCCAAGCCGGUGGAUUCAACCUUGCGCCGGCGUUGCAGCACGAGUACUGGUCCAAGGUACAGGUAAUAACACAUGGUUAUGGCGGGUAUAACACGGAACAUGGACGCCAUAUCAUCGACGCCAUCCUCCAGUCAGAAGCGCCGGUCGCAAACCAAACCACACAAACUCGCAAUGCUAGGAUCAGGCUGUUAGUGAUAUCCUUUGGCACAAACGAUGCGGCAGAUCCCAGCCACAACAGACAUUCACAAAGCGUACCCCUCGAUAGAUAUAAGGAAAAUCUAUCAUACAUGGUGGCAGCAGCCAAGCGACAGGGGGUCGAAGCGGUGGUUCUCGUAGGACCAGCGCCAGUCAACGAGCUCGCACCCGAAGCCCCGUUAGAUCGAGAUACUCAGAGGGCAAGACUCUACUCGGAUGCUACAGCACAAGUCGCCAGACACUUCGGAAAGCAGAGCAAUGUCGCAUUUGUUGACUUGUGGCACGCCUUCAUGGAUGCUGCAGGGUGGACGGAAGGACAGCCCAUCCUCGGGCGUAGGGAAUGCGUUGGGGGCGUUCAACCAAAUUCUUUGUCGCAAGCCCUCGCCACCUCUGGGAAGCUUGCCGGGUUAUUGGCUUCAGAUGGUGUCCACUUCACAGCAAAGGGGUACCGAAUCUGGUACGACCUAUUGCUGCAGACUGUUCGCGAACAGUGGCCGGAGCUGAGGUCUGAAAAUCUUAAGACGAUUUUCCCACACAUCUUUGACAUAGAUCCGAAUGACCUGCCAUCUUCACUGUGGCAGCAUUAG